AGCCCGUAACAACGCGAUGCAGCUGCAGCAGCGGCAGAGGUGCAAGUCUAUCAGGCUGCGCGCACGCGUACGAUCUAACCUCGCGUGAUGAGAAAAUUUCUGCACUAUUUAUUCGCGCGCCUCGUGACGCUUCGAAAGGUGUGAGAGCGUCGGCAGAUUAGCCGCACCCGCAGAGGGUGCAAGGGAGAAACAGACAAGAGAGAAUAAAAAGCUCGCUCAGGCCGGAUCGAGCUCGUCGCUGUUAUGGUCAAUCAAGAGGAAUUUUGGAGGGAAAUCAAACGCAAGCAGCAGCGGGAAAAAUGCCGAGGACCGAGGGUCGUGCCUGCAUUUACCAUUCAAGCCCUCCAGAAUAACACAGUGGUCGAAAAGCCACCGCGUUGCUCGCCUUACGAUGAGCGUCCACCAAAGGCCCCGUCCACAUUUCGUCGCUACUACGAGCGUGGCGUAUUCCCCUUGAACUUGGAAAUCGCCUCGUCAGUCCUGCGCUUGAACUGGAAGUGUAAAAUGGAGGAACUCGAUUACAACUUCUAUCUGCCGCUCUUCUUUGACGGGCUUAUCGAGACCAAGUCACCUUACACCUUCUUGGCCGAGCAGGGCAUCUACGACAUGCUCGAAGCUGCCACUGGGACCGACAAAGUACUCAAAGUCUUGCCUCAGCUGAUUUUGCCCAUUAAAAGAGCCGUGGAUACGAGAAUUCCAGAUGUUCUUUGUCGAUCGUUGCGAGUGCUGCAACAGCUCGUGCGCAGUGGUAACUGCAUUGGUGAAGCCUUGGUACCUUAUUAUCGGCAAAUUUUACCCGUUUUCAAUUUGCUCAAGGAUCGAAAUGUGAAUUUAGGCGAGGAUAUCGACUACGCUCAACAACGUGGUGAAAACGUAUCCGAUCUUAUACAGGAGACAUUAGAAAUCUUGGAACACUGCGGUGGUGAGGAUGCGUUUCCCAACAUCAAGUACAUCGUGGCUACUUAUGAAUCUUGCAUGAAAAAUUAACCAAUUAUUGCUAGCAUGUUAACAUAUUCCGAAAUCUUAAAGUGAAUAUCGCAGUGCGCAGUAUUGUGUUGUUGAAAAUUGUAAAAAAGGGGGAACAAAUUUAAAAAAAAUUUUAUUUACGU